GAUUUUGUAAUGAGGCCACAAGAGGGAAAUCUGAUUGAAACCAGUACAGCAAUUGUUGAAACGGCGGGUUUAAAGUGGUGAUAUGCAUCGCUGUGAUCGGGUGUAUAAUUUAUUCUGUGUUAUGUUUGUAAAUAUUGUGUUAUAGUUUUUGACAGUAUUACCUGUCAUUUGACAGAGUUGAAUAUAAUCCGGAGGGACCACUGACAAAGAAGUGGAGUAGAAAAUAUUGCACCAAGCAGGGUUACUGAGUCUGUUUUUUUUUUGUUACGCAACGUAAGAAAAACGUGCAAUUCCUGGUGAUCGGAAAAGGUUGGAAAAAAAGAUUAAAGAUGAGAGUCUUGAUAGAAGAGAGAGAGAACUGGAGUAAGAAGCUUGAGUUUAUUUUGGCAGCUAUCGGCUAUUCUGUUGGUUUAGGCAAUGUCUGGAGAUUUCCAUACCUGUGUUUUGAAAGCGGUGGAGGAGCAUUUUUGAUACCAUUCUUCCUGAUGUUGGUACUUUGUGGAGUACCAUUAUUGUAUAUGGAGUUAUCAAUCGGCCAGUACACUCGACAGGGGCCAGUUGGAGCCCUAGCAAAGAUUUGUCCACUAUUUAAAGGAGCUGGUCUUGCAACUGUUGUAAUAUCCUUCCUGUUUACGACCUACUACAAUGUAAUUAUCACAUGGGCGUUUUAUUACCUGUUCAACACAUUCAGAUCUGUGUUACCAUGGAGUUACUGUGAUCCAGAGUGGGCGUCGCCUAACUGCUGGGAUGGAUCUGGAAAUUCGACCACAGUUUGGCGAAAUGUUACUGUAGGCGGCAUGACGGUCCUAAAGAAUUUCACAGAAGUUAUCCGACCCAAUAACAGUGUAUCAGUUACUGAAGACUUUUAUGCGUCUAAGGUUCUUGGAAAGACAUCAGGUAUUGAUGAACCAGGGGUACUGAAGUGGGACCUCGUUCUGAUACUGUUGCUAUGUUGGGUCAUUGUUUAUUUCUGUAUAUGGAAAGGACCUAAAUCUACUGGAAAGGUUGUCUAUUUUACUGCUACAUUCCCAUAUCUUGUAUUACUGGUAUUGUUGGUUCGUGGACUGACCUUAGAGGGGUCAUACAAAGGUGUGAUGUACUUUAUAAAUCCAAAGUGGCACCUGCUUCUAGAUGCUAAGGUUUGGGUGUAUGCUGCGGCACAGACCUUCAAUUCUCUUGGAAUAGCGUUCGGUGGUAUUAUUACUAUGUCAAGUUAUAAUAAAUUCAACAAUAAUAUCUUGAAGGACGUGUUGACUAUAGCAAUAGUUGAUGCUGUGACUUGCAUUUUGGCAGGAUUUGCCAUUUUUGCCACUUUGGGAUUCUUGGCAAAUAAUCAGGGUAAAGAAGUGGAAGAUGUCAUCAGCCAAGGUCCUGGAUUGGUCUUUAUCAUAUACCCAGAGGCCUUCAGUACCAUGCCAGGAUCACCGGUGUUUGCUUUUGCCUUCUUCUUCAUGUUGAUUUUAUUAGGAAUUGACAGUCAGUUUUGUUCAACAGAAGUGAUCGUGACAACAAUAUAUGACCAUUUUGGAUAUUACGUGAAGAAGUAUCUGAAACGUAAAGAAUUUCUAGUGAUCAUUGUCUGCUUUGUAUCAUUUCUGUGUGGACUUCCUAAUGUUACUCAGGGAGGUAUCUAUUUCUUCUCAUUGAUAGACCAUUAUGCUGCAGCAGUAUCGUUGAUGUAUCUGGCUUUCUUUGAGGUUAUAGCUAUAACUUGGUUCUAUGGAGCUAGACGUCUUGCGAAAAAUGUAGAAGAAAUGAAUGGCACACCUCCAAAUAUUUUCUUCAUUGUUUGUUGGUACUUCAUCUCACCUAUUUUCAUAUUUGGUAUAUGGUUGUUCAGUAUGAUACAGUACAAACCAUUCAAGUUGGAUGGGUAUGAGUAUCCACCGUGGGCUGCUGCACUUGGAUGGUCUCUAGCUAUUCUUUCUAUCAUAUGUGUGCCUGCUGGUAUGGUGCACUCCAUCUAUUAUGCUAAAGGAGACACCUUAUUUGCGAAGUUUAAAAGUUCUUUGAAAUCUACCUUACCAGAUGAUAACCAAGGACAGUACCCACCGCUCCAUGCAAACGGAGAUGUUCCCGUACAGAAUGGUGUUACUGACAAGUACACAUAUAAGGGGGAUGUAGAUAGCAUGGAGAAAAAUGAUAUAAAUACUCCUAUGUGAUUGUGCCGAGUUUUGUUUGACCUUAUGGCUAAGGUCAUGUGAACAUUUUUACAGAGUUUAAUUAUAUAGUAGAAAUGUUUAAAAGAGAACUUACUUUAAUUUAUACAUUAUUGUAGACGAGAAAAGAUUAUGUGUAUUUAGAAAUCAUUUGACAAUGUUUUUUUAUAAAUUUUAUUCUAAUUAGAAAAUUUAAAACAACUAACUUUUACAUUACUGUAAAUUCAGAAAUUAUUGUGAGGUUUUUAUUAAUGCGAAUAAUGCGACUACUUGAGUAUCGCAAUAAUAAGAACUCGCAUUCUUAUGUCAAAUGCAUAUAUUUGUAUGUAGCUUUUCAUAAAAUCGUAAUAAUCAUACUCGCAUUUUUGUUCAUUAUUUAAAAAUUGCAAUAAUAAAUGGACGCAAUUAUCUCUGAAUUUACAGUAUACAUUUUUGUAGACAAGAAAAAAAAUAAUUUUCUAGAUGUUUUCCUGUGGAGCAGGCGAGUUUCUGAACUGUCCCCAAAUGAUUUUACAAUUUACAUAAUCAGACAGAAGGGUAGAAUUUGUCAAUGUGUAUUUAUAUUGUAUUUUUGUAUGUUUAAGUGCAUUUAUUUCCUUAUCAUGCUAUGUAGUAAAUUCCACACAAGAUUUCUGUAAUAAAUUUUUGUCUAUCAACAUAAUCACGUAGUCUUUUAUUUUCUAUGGAACCAAUUUUUGUGUUUUUCACUUUAAAUUUUUAACCUGUUUUCUAUUUUUCGAAACAGACUUCAAUUUUUAGAAACAGAUUACAAUGAGACUUUGUAUUUUUUAGGUUUAAUCUUAAAUUAGAUGAUUAAGGUUCAUUGGUUGCUUCAAACCGUUUGUAAUUUUUAAGAAGGCCAGUAAACCUAUUGGUCACUGCUGGUCAGUAGUAUUUUGUAAUUUAAUUUAAUCAUACCUAUCCUGUUUAUUUAAGGAAUGACUGUAAUAUUUUUUCUGUCUAUGAAGAAAUAACCUAAAAAAUGUGGUGCACACUGAAUAACCCGUGUAGCAGGUUAUUUUAAAGUGUGCACCACAUUUUUGAAUAAACAGAAAAAAUAUUACAGUUAUUAUAAUUUAAUACUAAAUUCUAUUUUUAAGCUUUAAAUGAUGAAAAAAAAGUUGAUGACAUCAUGGUCACAUGACAAAAUUAUGCCUUUGAGCUGAUAGACAAAAAACUUUCAGCCAAUCAGAAGACGUGUUACAUCCAAAAUUAAAUUAUUAAGAAACAAAAGUGAACAGAUACAUGUAGAUUUCAUGUUUAGCUAGUUAUUGUUUACUUGCUAUUGUAUGUAUAACUAUCUAACAGUUUGGAAGAAAUUAAUGAAUUGAGAAUUAAAACACAAAUAUGUCAAAUUAAGAAAGAUACUUGUUAUUCAAUUUACCAAAUUUUGUAUUAGUAUGUGCUAGUUUUUUAAAAAUUCUUGGUAUUAACUAAAUAUUUUUUAUGCCCCACCCACGAUAGUAGAGGGGCAUUAUUUUUUCGGUCUGUGCGUCCGUUCGUUCGUCCAUUAGUCCGUCUGUACCGCUUAAGGUUAAAGUUUUUGGUCAAGGUAGUUUUUGAUGAAGUUAAAGUCCAAUCAACUUGCAACUUAGUACACAUGUUCCCUAUGAUAUGAUCUUUCUAAUAUUAAUACCAAAUUAGAGUUUUAACCCCAAUUUCACGUUCCACUGAACAUAGAAAAUAAUAGUGCGAGUGGGGCAUCCGUGUACUAUGGACACAUUCUUGUUUCUUUCCGAGUUGUCUCCCUUUAUAUAUGGAAUACCAAUGCUUUCCUUUCAAUUUUUAACUUAAAAGAAUUUAUUAAGAACUGAAAAUUAAUGUUUUUAUACACAUUAUAACAUUCAUUGAAAAUUUGCCAAAGUUUUCAGCAUUAGCGGUUUCUACAAGACAGCCCUUUCUUUUGCAAUUUCCUUAUAAAAUGUAUUUUAUGGCAGAUUUACUUUCAGUAAACAUUCUGUUAGUGGCAAUUUUAGCCUUUUGAAGCAUAUAUUUUCUAUGUAUAUAUUGUUUAUUAAUUAAAAUAAUUUAUUCAUUAUUGUUUACCAAAUUUUUACAUGCAUUUUUCUGAUUUUUCAUUUGUUACAACUGUAAAUUAUAAACCUUAUUCAAACCAUCCAAACUUUUUUUCUCAAAGGUUUUUAAGCUGUUCCUGACAAUGUUUUGAUAUGGACACUCUAAUUAUAUAGAAAUUGAGAUUAUUAUAAUGUUAUGCUAUAAUAUUAUAAAUAUGUAUUUAGAUCUGUAUUGUAAUAUUCUUCAAAGCAUAAUGUUGUGUAUUGGUUUUUUUUUUUACAUAUUAUUUCUUGUUUGUAUCUAAACAGAAGAUUCUCUCUGUCAAUUCUUCUAUUUUUUUUUUUUUGUAAACUUAUUGAGUAGUAAUAAUUUAUACAUGAUUUUUUAGGGUGAAAAAUACCCUUUUCGAAGAAACUGAUAUCGAGUCAUAAGUUUUCUUACAUGAUCAUAUCAAGUCAUAAAUGUUAUUUCCUACAUGGCUAUAUCAAGUCAUGUUAUUUCCUACAUGGUGAUAUCAAGUCAAAUGUUUUUUCCUACAUGAUCAUAUCAAGUCAUAAAUAUUAUUCCCUAAAUGGUGAUAUCAAGUCAAAUGUUACUUUCUACAGGAUCAUAUCAAGUCAUAAAUGAUAUUUCCUAAAUAGUGAUAUCAAGUCGUAAAUAUUUCCUAUAUGAUUAUAUCAAGUCAUUAAUACCAUUUCCUACAUGAUAUUAUCAAGUCAAUGUUAUUUCCUACAUUGUGAUAUCAAGUCAUAAAUGUUAUUUCCUACAUUGUAAUAUCAAGUCAUCCAUGUUAUUUCCUACAUUGUGAUAUCAAGUCAUAAAUGUCUUGAAUUAGCAUGUUAAAAAUCAGGCACAGCUUGUUGUCUAGUAUACAAAGCAGGCUUCAUAUUUAUAUCAAAUUAACAUAUUCUCAUCCUGACAUGCAUCAUGUAGUAUUUGCCACUGAGUGUUAAACAACAACCCAUCAAUUCAUCCAAGGAUUUUAGAUUUCUAAAUAAAUGGGUUGCAGCAACAAAAUACCAUCACCAAGCAGAAAGAUGCCAAAAAUGUUUUGUAAAUUACAGGGGGAAAUAUUGAUCUUUUUUUGUUGUCAUACAUUGUACUAAGUAUAGAUUAGCCUCUGAAAUUUAAUAAUGUGAUCCGGGGGUUUGAUUUACCUUCAUUUUAUAAAUAGCCAUAUAUAUGUCUGCUUAUUUACAAAUUUAUUUACAUUGUUAUAAUUUAAAAGGGAAAUUAUUUGAAUGUUCAUCUAUUUUUGGUUAAACAGUAUGAUUAGACCUUACAUUUCAACAAACUUGAUGUAUUUAGUAGGAAUACUUCCGUUUGAAGGUUAGCUGUUCAUCCUACUAGAAAAAAACAUUGAAGGAACAACUUUCUCAUUUAAGGGUUUUUUUACAUUGUCAAAAAAAACGUAUUUGUCAUCUUUUCUUUUUUACAAAUUUAUUGUUUUAGUAUCAGAUUAUCAUUUUGAUAUAUGAUUAAUUCAUUGCACAAAUAUCAAUUAUUAUGCAUUUGAUAAUUGGAAAUUUGAAGUCAAAUAACCAGAUUGACUCUCCAAAAGAAUGUAAAACUUUGGCAGCUUAUGUGUAAAUUGAUAGACCACCUUAUUUUAGAAACUAUCGUAAUAAAUGUAUAAAUGAUAAAA